AGCUCAGCAACCUUUGCAGCAAUCAUCGGUCGUACAAAAACUUUCUUCAGAGCCCUUCCGUCUGGAUGAUUGAGCCUUAAGGACGAUUUGGUGAUCUGCCCAGAACACUGAAGGAUGUUAUUUAGACCCAGCGCAAGAUUACGUUAUGUGGCCUCGGAAUUCGAUUUUUCCCUCAACAGAUAUCUGACCUCAAGGUAUCAUUUCAUCGCCAGCUUUGAAGCAGAAUAUUAAGAGUCCUAUGGGCCUUUCUUGUGUCUUGAUAGAAAAAUAAAUGUUGUACCAAGAGCUAAACGUAUCUGGAAACUCCGCUCACGAUUAAGGUGGAUCUUCAAUCUUUCCACGUCUCUAUUGCCUGUCUCCGAAGAUUUCCCCUCUGUCUUCAUCCGAGGUGCUGGCAGCAUAGUGGAAAGUUUACUACAUACUCUUGUCGUGCAAGAUCACACGGCCAUCUGAAAGACUUCAAGAACCUUUAUUUCAAGGCUGCUGGAAGAGAUUGGUCCACUUUAUUUUGCAUUUGACCUUGGCCGUUGGACUUUCUCAUCUAUAAAAAACAACAGGAUGAGAUCAUCAUAGGCGCUCCUAUCUGCAACUGCUUGGUUUAAUGAUCCCGGAAGAAGUUAAAUCCGCCAGAUGAAUCACCUCCGACAGAAAUUGCACUCGCCACACCACACUCCGACACAAUGUUUAAAUUUGUAGCUUCCGAUGGGACUGGAUCCAUCAAGAGGCACCAGGCGCAAAAGGCAUGUGACUCCUGCAGAAAGCGGAAGAAGCGAUGUAACCAUGGUAGUAAUGCAGUUUUAACGAAUUCUUCGCCUGUGAGAGCAUCUAGCCAAGUCAACUCUGAUGAACGGGUUUCUCAACCAGCCAAGCCAUAUACUGCAAGUAUCCUCUCUUGUACCACGGAUGCCGGAUAUCAAAGCACAACGUCUCAUGAGGAGCCUGGCCAUAUCUCUCCUGUUGCAUCAACUUUAGUAAGUAGUGAUCAAGACCUUGAAGCUGCUAGGAUAUUGAGCGGCGGUACUCGUACUCAAGCAAACACGUCUCACUCCCAAGAACCUACUGGUGUUCAGUCUCGAUUCAUUGGAGAUUUGAACCCAGAAUCAAUUUUUCUGGCUGCUACCAGUCCAGAUGCUAUUCGUGGCGUAUUACCGGACAGCGUUGGAGUAUACCUCUCUUCAACACUUGGGAAAAAGCCUCACCAUUUCUCGAAUUUACAACAGACAAGCUCAAACUUAUUCUAUGGAUGUCCGCCUUUGGUCCGUAAUGUUCUGGCGCCUCUCAUAGAACAGGAGUGUCUAUCUACAAUGCCACCUAUACCCCAUCUUGAAGCGUUAUCUCGGAUAUACUUUGAGAAGAUUAACACCAUCUUUCCCAUCAUCAAUGAGACCACGUUCCGCAAUCUAGCCCCUUCAGUCCCUUGUCGAGCUUUAUUGGAACAAGCCAUUUGCCUGGCAGCAUCCAAAAGUUUCGCUGCUGCGGAUCAUCUCAUAUUGGACGAAGCAGGCUCCCCGAUGACCUGCAAAGCGUUCGGCGAAAAGGUGUCCGGUGCAAUGAGGUUGACCAUUGAGCUAGGCAUUGUGACCGACAAAAUUGUCCUGAUCCAAGCCCUCUGUCUCCUCUCUCUAUUCAUCGAUAAUUCUAGCAGUGAGGAUCUUGCAUCUCAAUUCUCUGGAAAAGCUACUCAUUACCUUGAAGGUAUGGGAUUACAUCUCGAAGGUCAGGUGGAGGAUGCAAGUGCAAAGCUUCUAUGUUGCGUAUAUGCGUUAGAUCGCAUGAAUGCUGCAUUCCAUGGCCGCCCUGUCUUUAUGCAUGAACGAGACAUGAGGAGAGACCUUCACCAAUGCUUUAAUCAGCAAGAACCUUCCUUCCGUCUAUUCAUGAAGAUAAUAGCACUACUUGACGACGUUAUCGAGAUAUAUCGACCACCAAACCAAUCAGAACAAGGUAGUAUGGAUGUCCGAUUCCCUGCUUUUGAAGAGUUGGUUCUGGAUUGCGCGGCUGCACAUAUUGGUACUUCCUCUCUUGCAACGAUUGAAAUCUUCUAUCACAGCAUCUCUAUUAUCUCUCACCGAUCCCAUAUUUGGUCCGAACCCAAGCGUUCCACACCCUCUUACCUUCGACAAGCCCUCUCAACCAGUAUUCUCUCAUCGACCACUCCUCACGAGCUACAGGAUCAACUUGUUCUAUUUCCUUUCGUACCAUACGCCAUAUCGCUUUCUCUGAGCAUUGCCUAUCGAGAAAUGCGCCACAACAAACUACCUGUUCAUCGGAUGCGCGCUCGAGGUCAAUUCCAAGCUAGUUGUAGGCUUUUGGAAGGCCUUGAAAGUCAGUACUCUACUGCUGCUAAUGCUGCAAAUAUGGGAAAGAAAAUGCUCAGGGAAAUUGAUCGAGUAUUUUCUACCGUCUCUUCGGAAAAUAAAACUACGGCGCCACAGCAAGAUAUCAGCAAUACCACCGAGAAUAGCUCAAUGGUCAAUGAUCACAGUACUUUAGUAACAAAUACUGAGAAUCAAUCCAUUGCGUCUGCCUCCAACGCUCAAGUUACUCCGUCUAUCGCUCCAGUAUAUACUGGCAUGCAAGACUUUGACCCAUCACUCUUCGACCUUAAUGCUACGGGUGAUAUUGAUCUCUUCUCUAUGUUCGACCCUUCCUUUGAUCUUGUCGGCUUCGACGCAUGCCUGGAAGGCAAUCUAAACCUGGGAUUUCCCACCCCAGCACCUCAUCCCUAACAAAACUUAAUCUCUAAUUUGAUGGCUGAUGAAUAUCUUGAGGCUCAUAUCUGCCGAAACGAGAUCGGACAGGUCAAACUAUAAUCCGACGAUAAAAUCUCGCAUUUCUGAAUCUAGAUACGGCGCUCUGGCUGUCCAAGAUGGUACCUUAGUUCUAGACAAUCUGUUUAUUGCAUUCUAAAAUUCUUGCUCAAGCUGAAAAUUUUGUAUAUAAUAUUAUGCUACUUGUCAGUGCGGAUUAUGAAUCACAUUGAUGGGUAGCGAAUUUGCUCGCUGGGCAUGGUGACAGUAUAGGGCCUAUACUAUCUUGUUUGUACGUAAUUGAAGACCGUUGCAAUGUGGUGUUCUAAAGACAGCUCCUAAACGGUAUCAAAUAUGAGGGGGUGGUUAUGUAGAUAUCGAGAGACCAGUAUAUUUAUGGAAUGUAUCCAAAGAGCAUGACAAGAUCAUAUUUGCUCCUGAAAUAUCGCUUUUGAUGCUCCCCCUCAUUGAGUCUGGCGAUGGUUAGAAGACAC